AGAACAUCAAAAAAAAAGUAGUGACCGACUCGUAGAGAGAAAUUUGAUAGCUGCUUGUCAGAACUUGCCAACGUGUUUGUUUUCAGAUUCACACUUUGUUCUUCAUAUCUAUUUAUUUAAAGUCAUAUAGCACUAAAGGCUAGCACACUCUGAAAAUGUUGCGAGAAAUGGAAGAUGAAGAUACACUGUUUGACAAGCAGACGCUUCUUAACAGUGAUCCCACUGAGCCUGAUAUUGAAUUCUCAGGAGGCCAAAAGUCUGACUGGUGCAGCAAGUUCACCAAGACCAUUGUACUUUCAAUAGCGUUUUUCGCUUUGGGCCUCUGUAUUGCCAUCCCGGGACCAACACUAUUGGAUCUUGGUGAGAGAGUCCACACCGACACGGAACAUAUGUCCAUGAUUUUCAUGGCUCGGUCGGUUGGUUAUCUUCUCGGCUCCAUCGUCGGUGGAUUCUUGUUUGACCACUUCGAUCAGCAAAUCCUCAUGUUCUACACCCUGAUAAUGUCAGCAAUAGCAACAGUUGUGGCCCCUUGGUGCACUGUCCUGGUUGUGCUGGCGGUGAUGAUAUCGUUUCAAGGCGUGUCCAUGGGAAUUCUCGACACAGGCGGCAAUGUUUUUUGCAUCCAGAUAUGGAAACACAAAAGUGCUCCAUACAUGCAAGGCUUGCACUUCGCAUUUGGGAUUGGGGCAUUCAUAGCUCCGCUUUUGGCUCGUCCGUUCCUGAAUCAUAUUGAACAACCAGGAUUCCUAAACCACUCGCCCCAGCUAGGACAUAGCAACAAUUCAUUACUCACCAUACCACUGGGACUUACUUCACAUGCUCCUAAUAUUCCAAACUUUGCACUUUUUAAUUCCAACGAUCAUUACGCCCAUCUGAUUAACCGUCGAGAUGCGAAUGAUGUCACAGGAAAAACUGAUAGAAGUAUGCCUACCACUCCUGCUACAGUAAAUUAUACAGUAUCAGCGUUAAAAGUUACCGACAGCAAUUACACCUCCUCAACAACUUUGGCUUCCACAACCAAACCAACUAGACCCACCAAGCCAGGGAUUAUUGAAGGAAAGCAUUUGUCUAUAGCUUAUUCUGAUGGAAAAAAUGCUCAAGAUGCAAUCAAAGAUGCUUCUAAGAAAAAGGUUUUAGGAGAUAAAAACACUGAAGAUAAUUCAGAUGAUGAAAAAUUGCACAAUGUUACAGCCAUUCCUGUUGGAACUGUUAAUGUGAGUUUUGCCAGAAAUAAAACAUCUGAUGAGAAUGCAAUGUCUGCCUUGAUAAUGGUCCCAACAUCAACACCCACAGUGAGUAGUUCUGCAGAAACAACUUUAACUGCACAGAUGCCGUCAUCCACUACCCAGAUGCCGUCAUCCACUACCCAGAAGCCGUCAUCCACUACCCAGAAGCCGUCAUCCACAACCCAGAAGCCACCACCCACAACCCAGAAGCCACCACCCACUACCCAGAAGCCACCAUCCACAACCCAGAAGCCACCACCCACAACCCAGAAGUUACCAUUAACCAGUGGAAAUAACAUCCUGUCGUCAACAACAUCUGUUGAUCACAAGUCGCCACCAAGCACUGUUGAUGAGUCCACCGUUAACCAGACAUUAACCAUUACCACAACCGAACAACCCAAAAAGCCGGAGACAUUUGGCGAUUUUGUGAACAAGACUCUGAAUGCUGUGGCACAUAUGUCGAGAAUUCAGUUUGCCUAUGCCAUCAUUGGAGUCCUCCUGAUCAUCAACGCCUUUAUGUUCCUCGUCCUUUACUGCAAGGACCGACGCCAGUCUCCAUCACAGAGACGAGCGGGGAAGGAGAAUCAUCGGUACAGCGAAGAAAGCACGUCAUUCCGUAUGGUCAUGCUUCUCCUGCUGUUUCUGUUCUUCUUUGCGUACGUGGGGAUGGAGGUCACCUUUGGAGGUCUGCUUUCUACGUUUGUCGUGGAGUAUCUGCACUGGUCAAAGGCUCAAGGUGCCACCGCUACUGCUCUCUUUUGGGGCUCGUUAGCCGCGGGGCGAGGAAUAAGCAUAUUCAUUGCCAAAUGCUUCAAACCACCCUGCAUGCUUAUCUCAAAUACAUUUCUUGUCGUCAUUGGUGCAUUCAUUCUUAGCUUUGGAAUACAAAUCAAUGAUAUUUUUCUGUGGGUGGGAACUGUGACGAUUGGUUUUGGAAUGUCGUCCAUUUUUCCAACAGGAAUAUCGUGGGCUGAUCAUUAUUUUCCGUUAACUGGGAAAGCUACUGCUGUGUUCGUAGUGGGGUCGGCUCUAGGUGAGAUGGCCAUUCCUGUUUUAACGGGAUACCUGUAUGAAAAUAAAGACAAGAUGUUCCUCAUGUAUAUGAUGGUAGCAGUUGGACUGUUCUGUGUUGUUCUCUAUGUAAUAAUGCAGUGUAUUGCCUCACACAAGAAGACAAAAUCGGCUUCGGAGACAAAAAAUGGAUUUCUUAGGCUUGAUGACGAUGAUGACAACAUACCCAUGGACUCGUUGGCAGCCAGCUAUGGGACCUCGGAUUACGUGGAACAGGCCCGGAAAAGACCGGCGACAAGUGUAAAAUCGGUGGUUAAUGAGCCAGAAUAUGAUCUACUGAUCGACAUUGACGACUAGGUGUAGGUUUCACAAGGAAUGUUACAUACAAAGAAUCUAACUAGAUGUUAUACAUGCAAAGAAUAACGACUCUAUUUCAUGAUUUUUCAAGCCCAGGGUUGAAAAUUAGCAGGUUAUCUUUAUUGGCUACAGGUGACGAAGAAUUUUACAAAGGUAAUACAUUGGGCAACCAUCGAUUUUAGGGUCUGGCGAGUAUGGUACCAGUUAAAAACGAAACACUAAAACUGAAUUAAAUGGGACAAAACAUUACAGAUCUGGCAGCAGAAGACAUAGAACAUGUUCUAUAUUUUUACAGCGCCAAAAUAAUGAAUUAAGGUAUCAUUCAUAUAAAAACAUAUUAAUUUAUUACGUUUUAAACCGAUGCCAUCUUAAAACAACAUUUUAUUGGGGGUAAAGAUUCAGUGUACAUUAAAACAAAACUUAUUUACAAAUUACCAUCAAACUGCUUAGGUUAACUUUUUUUCUUUCUGAUACAGGUUUUAUGGCAAUUGAUGGAACAUCCAUGGUAUGUCUGAAUGACAAAACCAUAAUACAUGACCAGGGCUGUAUCUCUGCACAAAGCAGUCGAAUGGGCAUUUGGCAAAAUAGUGGACGAUUCCAUAGAUCUCUAUCAAGUGCCUUAACUAUAGCAUAGUAUAGGAGAAAAGCCACUCUUGAGAAAAUCAUUUACUGGUGAAGUCGCCCCUCUUGCAUCACCACAAAGUUUAUUACAUCACUCUUGCAUCGCCACAGAAGACUGCCACUCCCAGACUGGUUUACUAAAACAUGCACAGUUCUACCUUUAGUCUCUUUGUACUGCAUUAUCUUUUACUUAAGAAACAAUGCAAGUCAAGCAGCAUACCUUGGCUGUUCUAGCAUUUUGCCUUCACCCCGUAUAAAAAUUGGAUUUAAUAUGUAUAAUUUAAUGGUAUUUUGUAAAGUAACCUUUUUAUCUAUACUUUAUUUGUUUUUCAAUUUUUUUUUAUUGGAGUUGGUAAUGGUUUAAAUAUUAAUAACAUGUUUUAUAUGAAUUUCAACUUUAUUCAUUAUGAAGUUAAACACCAAUUCAUCGGUUUCUUUUGUUGCAAACAGACUAUAUAUGGUGAGCACAUGGUUAUUAUUCAUCAAAAAACAUUCUAGUUUUGAGUUUGGCUGUUCAGUUAAAUUUCUGUGUCAUACUUGGAGGGCUAGUUGAAUUCGAGAAGGGCCAGUAAGAUUUUUCUUCAACUGGCCCUGCUGGCGACCAUGGUUUUUAUGUUAAUUUUCAACCCUGCAAGCCUAGGUUUUUGUUCAGUGCAUGGCUGAAUGUAUAAAUAUAUACAUGUAUUGAAUUUAUAUAUAAUUUAAAGAUGGUACAAUAAACACAUUUUAAUGUCAACAGAAAUUGUGCUUUGAACAUUUCCACUUGUCCACAGGACAACCACCAAGGUACAUUUCACUUGUCCGAAUAGAUUUUCACUUGUCAGGACAAACAGACAAGUGCUUAUUUCGAACGCUGUAUACAUAUUUCAUUAGUACACAUGCUUGUAGCUGUGUGUGUUACUACUGACAUUAUGUAACCUUGUGAGAUAAUAUUCAUGACAUUAUUAUUAUAGAUACAUGUUUGUUGACAACAAUUUGUUUAAUACAUUUUAAAAUUUGUAGAAUAUACUUAUGUGUCUAUUUGUAUUGAAAUAUGUGAUACAUAUAUGAAAAUGUUAUAUACGGUACAGUAAAAAACAGUUAUCUUGACGAAGGAACUGAAGCAAAAUAAGCUCAAGAUAAACAAUUGUUGUUGAUGACAAUUAUGUCAUAGGACAAUGUCUCAACUUUGAGAUAUCAUAAUCGUGGACUCCAGAGAUUGAGAUAACAAUGUUUAAUUCUAUAUAUCAAAUAUGUUACACAGGGUACAAACAUUUACAUAAUACGGUAUGUAUACAUGUUCGGUAACCAUUAUAUUAAAAAAUGUGUAGUUUUUUUUCUUGUUUACUCUGUUCAUUUAUCCUACAGUAUUGUUUUCUUGACAUUUUUUUUCCCGCAUAAUAUUGAGUUGAAAGUUUGUACAGUGAAACCUCUCAAAACCAGACCCUCUGUAAACCGGAAUUUCCCCAAAACUGGACAUUUUUCAGGUUUUUAAAAUCAGUACAAAACUUAACCUCUCUAAACUGGAUACCUCUUAAAACCAGACAUUUUACUUGGUACCAAGGGUGUCCGGUUUAGAAGGGUUUCACUGUAUAUAGUUUUAUCAUGUAUAGUUAAAGAACAAGUUUGACUUUUGUGGGCAUUUUCCCAUUUUAGUAUGACCAGAUCAAGUUUGACUUUCAUGCGAAAUGUAUUCAAAGGCCCUAACUCUGAAAGAUGGAAUUUAUCCAUGUUUGACAGUUAUGGCUCUUGAAUGUAGAAGGUUAACAAUUGGGGGCCCAAGAGGGGUCAUGUAUUGCUUUAGCACCACUCCGAGAAUGCUUUUGUUUUCUAAAGGUUUUUGUUUUUAUUUCUAGUGUAGAUAUGGCCAAGGAAGUGAAACCUUGCCUCCUCCACCCACUGUAUGUACAUAGUUUUGGUCCUGUUUACUGAGAUUAGUUUCAGUAGUCUGUGUGAUGAGAUUACAGCAUAAUAAGUGCUUGCUUUCUUAUGGUUUACUAUCUGUUGUGAUGAUCUGUUCUGUUGAGUAAAAACUGCUACAAGAAAAUCUAAACACAAGUUGCUGUUAAAGACCCAAACAUUUGUUCCAGAGAGAUGCAACACAAGAUGCCAACAUACCAAGUUUCAGACAAACUGUUAAUUCUCUAGGGUUUGGGAUUUCCCAGUCUCUAACAAAAACGUGUAUUUGAUUAUUUUUCUGCUGAACUAUAUUUAACAUAAUUUUAUAAAUUAAAAAAAAAAUUAAAUAUUGAAAUAUAUGGUUAGAAUGUCAUCAAAUCUCAUGCAACAAAUGGCUGAAAUGCAGUAUAUACUACAUGUCUGUUCCCUAAGGUAGUACUAAUAGUAAUAGUUUCUGGGAUAAGUUCUUUUAUUGAUGUUUUUUCCUGACUUAUUACAUAGCAAACCAUUGUUUGUUCUGAAAAUCACUACUAAAUAUCAAAGAAACUGUUAUUUAAUGAAAUAUUUUUAUUUGCUUAAACUUGAAAUAUCAGCAGUAAAUACUUAAAACUGUAGCGGGUAAGUUCAAUGCAAGUUUGAGUUACGCAGAUACCUAGGUAAAAAUCACGUGAACCCUAAGAUUUUAAAAUAAUGUCCCGAGCCAUUAUUUGAAAUUUUAUUCAAAUUGCAUUUUUAAAGGUGCUCAGUACAUAUCCGUCCAAUGAAUUUUUUUUUUUUAACCAGAUCUUCAUAAACCGAUUUAAAAUUAUUUUUCUUCAAUAUCUGAAUGUAUUGACAAUUUUAAUUUGAAAAAUUAAGUACUUUAAAAAGAUGUUAUGCAUGUACAUAGAGAGUAGAUCCAGAUUUUUUCAAAGUAAUCAGGACACUAUUAUUAUUUUUUAUUGAAAAACAUGACCUCAUAUGUUUUAUAUUGGUUUAAAUAUAUGAAAUGGAACAAAUUUUAUUUACUGGGACCCUUUUUUUUUUUUUUUUUAAACGUUACGAUCAAACUUUAAACUAUUUCUGUGAAUGUUGAUUUAAUAUACGAUACAUACAUGUGUAUGUAUACCACAGAACAUGUAUCAUUAUGAUAUAAUUAUGCACCGGGUAUUAAUUCAUCUGGCCAAACUGGCAGGAUUUAGCUUGGUCGGUAGAACACUUGCCUGAGGUGCUUUUGGUAGGAUGAUCAAAUCUCCUUGUUACACCCAUUCUGUUGUUAGGUUUUUCCCAAUCCAACCAUAUGUUUAAAAUGAACUGAGGUGUUGAUAAAUAUUUGUUUGCUUUCCUGUUUAAUCAGACACAUGAGGUAACUGCCAUGUACAACUCUUACCUGCUGAAUAGUUUAAACAUUUUGGCAAAUAUUUUAACUAGCUUCAUUCAUUCGAGCAAUUUCCCCUUUCUCCUAAAAAUAACUCGGUAUUGUUCUGGUCAGAGUUGCUAGAAGACAAGACUUUGUGGAUGGUAAAAUUCACAUAUCGUUCAGUAUUAUUUGUGAUUUCUGUGAUAUUGACAUUGCUUCUAUAAAUUUUAUAUUCAUGUUUGUAAUUUGGGACUUUCUUUAAAUAUAAGCUAUGUACAGAUACAAAUAUAUAUGAUUGCAUUAUUUUAUAUGACAACAUUUACUGUUCCUUGUUUCUUGGGUACAUAUUAUUUUCGUUUGUUUUCUGUUCAUAAAUUUGUAUUUCAAAGAUAUGAAAAAUUGGAAAAUGUCCGAGUAUAAAUGUAUAUAUGUAAUAAUCAUGUAAAUUAAGAGUAUCUUUGUUAUUUGGUUGACUGAAUCCGUCCGCCUGUCGUAAGUUUAACUUGAGUGUUACAUGUACAUGAAUAUCAUGUACAAUCUGAUUCGUUGUUCUUGCAUUAACAGAGUUGGAAUGUGAGAUAUCAUGUUACUUUUCUGCAGCAUUGACAGCAUAACUUAAAAGUUUUUUUUUUUUUUAAAUCCCAGAUCAUUUUAACAUGUUGAAGUGUAAAGCUAGGAUUUCCUGUGCACAAUUAUGGCAAGCUUAUAUGGUUUCAUUUUGCGGCAUGCUUACACAGUAUCUGCCUUGUUAGAGUACAUAUAUACAGUAAACAAUGCAUUUUUAUAUUCAUAGCGCUCACUUGAUGCACGGUUGGUUUGGGAUCGAACCCAGUCGGUGGGCCUAUUGGGCUAUUUCUUGUUCCAACCAGU